GUUAACGGUGUUACUGGUACCAGCGAUUAAUGUUCACGCAUGCAGCGGAAAACGUAAAUUUGAAAGACUUCUCUGACCUCUAGUGGACGCACUUCAGGGAUAUAAAGGGUUGUGCGCUGGAAAACAGACGUUACGGUAAACGCGGAUUGUUCAAUUUAUCAAUUUGUUCUUGCAAAAACCUUGAACAAGAAUAAGUUAGAAAAAGGAUGGUAAGCAUUAUUUUUCAACAGCCUUUAGGGAUGCAUGAGAACAAUCUAAAAUGUAGAUAGAAUGAUGCAUGCAGAAGUAUGGCCAUACAUAUUCACACGGUGGGCUUCAAAUAUAUCCUGUAACGAUAGCCGGUCUUACUGAAGCCAUACCAUACGUACCAAGACACCAAUAUUCAUAUUGAUUAUUUUAUGCUAAUUAAGACUCAACUACAAGGAAACGCGUCAUGUGACCCAUCCGCUCACUUCUGCGCAUGGCCGUUACACCAGUGAGAUCCACUGCUAGUAAAUAACGUUGUUCCCUUGUAUUAAUGUAUUUCCUUACUCCUUAGGUCUUAAAGUCAAGUUGAACAAUCAGGACGAAUUAUUAACAGAAGGUAUUGGCGGGCUCUGACAAGGAGGCAGGUUUGUUUCUCUCUCCGGUAUCCCCGGGAUCUACCCGCAGACCAGAACCAUGUCGUUAGCCCAGAGGGUCCUGCUCACGUGGGUCUUCACCCUGGUCUUCCUCAUCAUGCUGGUGGUGAAGCUAGACGGGAAGGUGCAGUGGAACUGGUUCCUCAUCUUCCUCCCCGUGUGGGUCUUCGACGGCAUCCUCAUCAUCAUGCUGGCCGUCAAGAUGGCGGGCCGCUGCAAGCCCGGCUACGACCCGCGCCACGGCUCCCCGGCCCUGCGGCUGCGGGCCUGGUACCUCACGGCCAUGCUGCUCAAGCUGGGCUUCUGCCUGAGCCUCUGCGCCAAACUGGAGCGGCUGGCCGACAUCAAGCUAACCCUGGUCUGCAUCCCGCUGUGGACCGUGCUGCUGGGGGCUCUGGUGGAGCUGGGGCUCAACAUCUUCCCCGAGAGGAGGGAGGCCUGAGGGGGGGCCGCGGGGGAGGGGAGCUGGGAGGGCGACCAGGCACUACGGGACUCCCCGGAGGAAAAAGGCACCAUCAUGAUCGCAUAGAUUAACGUUAUCUUCGGAUCAUUUUAGACAAUCGACUGAUGUUGCAGGAUCCAGAUGUGCGUGCAACUAUUGGAGGACUUCACAUCUGCAUUCCCCUCUGGGAGGCAGGGCUGAUCUCAGUCAUGGUUCACGCAAACUAAUGAUGCAUGAUUCUGAAUAUCUGAGACGCUGAACCGUGUAGGAGGCAGAUGCAUAAUACGGACUGCACAUCUGGAAAGUCUAGUUUCCCUGUAAUGAAGAAACAGGGGAGAUGGGAGGGCUGGACUGCACUGAUGUCCGGGAGGACACAUGGAAGUGUGCAUGGUCAUCUUCCUAAUGGGGUAGUUCUGUUUAUACCUCGGUGGUGACCCAUCGGAGAUGCUUUUGCGCAACAGCUGCACAAAACUUUUGGCCAUCAAGUUGUUAAAAGCGUCUUGCGGAAUCAAAAGAAGACCAGAGAAGCUUAUGUGUU